CAACUCUUUGGUGUCUCGCUGUCUCUCUUCAAUUCUUCAUAAUAUCCUCCUUCUAUACUCCCUACAUAUCUCAUCUCAGUAUAUAUAAAUCACAAUCAUUUAUUGAAUUCACCAGAAACCACAACCCUUUAUCUUUCCAUUCAAUUUUACCCGUACUCUUGUUUGAUAUUUUCUUCAUUCAAUGUGCUUUGUCAUCUUCACCACAAAAGCAGAAAAAAUUUACAUGUGUCUAUUCAUCUUAUUCUGCAGAUAACCCAUAAAGACUUUUGCGAUCUUUUUGUUCCAAGAUCCAGUCUUUAUAUUCAUAUGGCUAAUUCAUUCUUGUUAUUUGCUGUUUGUUUUACAUUUGUUGUAGUGGGAACUUGUAAAUCUUUAUCUGAUCAAGAAAAAGAUAAGAUUGAUCAGCUUCCUGGGCAGCCUGCAAAUGUUGAUUUUGCACAAUAUUCUGGUUAUGUUACUGUGAAUCAAACAUCUGGGAGAGCUUUAUUUUAUUGGUUGACUGAGUCACCUGCAAGUCGUGAUCCAAAGUCAAGGCCACUUUUGUUGUGGCUCAAUGGUGGUCCUGGUUGUUCUUCUGUAGCUUAUGGGGCUGCUGAAGAAAUUGGUCCUUUGCAUAUAAAUUCUGAUGGGAAGACCCUUUUCACAAACCCUUAUUCUUGGAAUAAAUUGGCAAAUUUGCUGUUUCUUGAAUCACCAGCAGGAGUUGGUUAUUCAUAUACAAACACUACAUCAGAUCUGUAUAGUUUUGGUGAUGCAAGAACAGCUGAAGAUUCAUAUGCAUUUCUUGUUAAUUGGUUUGAAAGAUUUCCUCAGUACAAGCAUAGAGAUUUUUACAUUGCUGGAGAAAGUUAUGCAGGUCAUUAUGUUCCGCAACUGUCUCAACUUAUUUACCGAAGAAACAAAGGCGUAAAGAAUCCAGUUAUUAACUUCAAGGGUUUCAUGGUGGGAAAUGCUGUUACUGAUGAUUACAAUGAUUAUGUUGGCACAUUCGAGUACUGGUGGACCCACGGUUUAAUUUCGGAUUCUACUUAUAAAUCUCUUCAAAAAUCUUGUGAGGGAAGUUCCUCCGAGCAUCCACCCAUUGAGUGCAUUAGGGCUCUAGGUACUGCUGAAAUGGAACAGGGACGUAUCGAUCCUUAUAGCAUAUAUACAAAACCCUGCGGUUACACCUCAACGCUAAAGCGUAGAGGACGUUAUCCAUGGAUGCGCGGGGCAUAUGAUCCCUGUACGGAGAAUUACGCAAAUCAGUACUUUAAUCUUCCUGAAGUUCAAAAGGCUUUUCAUGCCAAUAUAACUAAGCUUUCAUAUCCAUGGAAAACAUGCAGUGAUAUUGUUGGCGGGUAUUGGACAGACUCUCCGCUGUCAAUGCUUCCUAUCUACAAGGAACUCAUAGCCGCUGGUUUACGGGUAUGGGUAUUCAGUGGUGAUACCGAUUCAGUUGUUCCUCUCACCGCAACAAGAUACUCGAUCGAUGCAUUAAAUCUUUCAACAAUCGCCAAUUGGUAUCCGUGGUAUGAUAACGGGAAGGUUGCGGGAUGGAGCCAAAUAUAUAAAGGGUUGACAUUCGUGACAGUAACGGGUGCGGGACAUGAAGUGCCAUUGCAUCGCCCUCGACAAGCGUUUAUACUUUUCAGGUCAUUUUUGGAGAACAAAGCAAUGGAAGGAAGCCAAAGCUUCAUCUAGGUUCAGUUUACCGUUUGUAUAAUAAGCGAAAACUGUAUAAAAAGUCAUUAUUUAUGGGGUUGCAGAAGAAGAAAGAAAUAAGGAGACCCCUUCAUUCUUGCUUCCAAGUGAUCAUAAAUUUGUUUUAAGUUAGUUGAUGAUUGUUAUAUUCUUGUCACACUAGAUGUGGCGAACCGAAGAAAACAUUCGUUAGUGAGAUUCCUUAUAUAGUAAUUUUAAACCAUAUUAAAGUAAUUUCAUUGAAUAUAUAUACAGUUUUAUGUUAUGAUAA